UGCGGAACGGCCUUAAUGCCCGGUCGACUUUUUAAUUGCGAUUCAGCAAAUCCCGUUGGCCACGCCCUGGGAUGGGAAUCGAUUAGUCAGGUCUGAGUCUAAUAGAAAAUGGAAGCCUGCGGACUGGGCUGCUGCUCUCAGCGACGCGAUUUAAACGUCUUUUUUUAAUCCGUCAGGAAACGCUGUAGGGAAGUGGCACAAUAGGAAGGCGUUUCUGUGUGUGUUUUUAUUGGAAAAAAACGUUUAAAGGGACUUGAAUGCGCGGAGAGUUACAAAGCAGGACAGAUUUAAUCAGAUGAGCAAGUCGGCGCUUGCGGUGGGAGGAUAAUAAAGCCGAAAGAGGCCAUUCUGCAGAAGUCCUGACUUCCCUCACGCCCGGUGCUCUACAGCAUGUAGACAGCAGCGAGUUCUCCUCUAGUUUUUGCAAAUGAAAAUGGAGGAGCGGUCCUUGUCCAACAUGGACAACAGCAAGAUGGAGGGCAUCGCCCAGGAGAUUCUGUCCGACCUGGUGGAGGAUGCAUGCCUGGGACUGUGCUUCGAGGUGCACCGCGCCGUCAAACAGGGCUAUUUCUUCCUGGACGACACAGACCAGGAGAGCAUGAAGGACUUUGAAAUCGUGGACCAGCCCGGGGUGGACAUCUUCGGCCAGGUGUACAACCAGUGGAAGAACAAGGAGUGUGUUUGUCCCAACUGCAGCCGCAGCAUUGCUGCAUCUCGCUUCGCCCCCCACCUGGAGAAGUGCCUGGGUAUGGGCCGCAACAGCAGCCGCAUCGCCAACCGCAGAAUAGCCAGCGGCAACAACACAAACAAGUCAGAAAGUGAUCAGGAAGACAACGAUGAUGUCAAUGAUAAUGACUGGUCCUAUGGGGCAGAGAAGAAAGCCAAGAAGAGAAAGGCAGAUAAGGUAUUUUUACAUUCUUUGAAACAACCUGUACAGUUGAAUCCAAAUUCUCCAAGAAGAUCUAAAUCUUUAAAACAUAAAAAUGCCAAAGAUCUGUCUUCAUCCUUCAGCUUCGCUGGAUCCUAAAUGACAUGUAGAGACCCAGGAAAGUCCUUGCGUGUUGCUAAGAGACAAAGCGUUUCCACGGUAACGUUGUUGGCAGCGAGAUCCCUUCAGUCACUACCUGCAAUGCCAUUCUGUUCACCUUAGGAAACUGAACGGAUGGUCUGGAAGAUGUUGGUCACUAGAAGCAACUUUGACUGAUUGUCAUUCAGUUUACACAAAUGUUCUCUUUUUUUUUUACAUUUCUUUAUGAUGGUGUUCUGAUUUUUUUUUUUUUCUGGAAUUUUUGCACAGUUAACAACGUUGUGUUGAUCGUGUCUUGAUAAUGUAGCCUCCUAAUUCAGAGUGACAGCCUGACUCGCUGAACAGUGAGAAGGCCUCAGGGAUGUUACCACAGCAGGCAGAAGUAGCCGAGCGCAGAGUUCCAGUGGGCUGUGCCCCUGCCUUUCCCGAGGUGGAGCCCCAUUUUUCUGUCUUGCUCACCCUUUUGAGGGUGUGCAUGUUUAAAGCUGAGGUUUUGAAAGGCAUCCAAGAGAAGAGGAGUAAACCAUACGUAUAUCAACAGUCCUCUCUGUGCUGCUUGUUCUGCCUUUCGGAGAUGGCGUAUGUUUUCAGACGUGAAGCUUGUGCAAAGCAAGAUGGUUUGUUCCAAGUGUUUCUCGAGGCGGAGUAGAUGUCCUACGCACCACGCUCUGAUUACAGGAAGAGGAAAAAAAAAAACUUUGGGAUUAUAUGAAAACUUGAAUCUACCACUGACUCAGAUCUAUUCUUUUAAUUGUAUUUUUUCCCUUUGUUUAGCUUUUAAGUCUGACUUUUAUGUACUAGAUGUUUACAGUGUAAGGAAUCAUGUGUCUUCACUGUGUUGUAACGACAUGUUUGACUAGCUGGAAAAUGCUGCUAUCCUGGCCAUGAGUCUUAUUCUUAUGGACUUGUCACAUGUGUAAUAAACAUAAUACACUCUGAAAAUAA